CUGAGGUUGUGAUCCUCCUCAACAGUGUGUGUGUCGGAUCUCCCAGCAAUCAGACGUGCUCCUCUUGCAGACAGACAGUGGACUCCUUUAAAACCCCCUGAAGACUUUAUAACAGAGCCUGCAGCUUGCAGCAUGCAAUGUGCUCUGUGUGAAGGUUAGUGAGGGCGGAUCACAGCUGGGCACCUCCUGCUGUCCAGCACCCCGGGGUCGAGCUUUUGUUUGCAGUGAAGACCCACAUUUCCUUUCACCAAAAAAAAAAAAACUCCACAUAUCCUCAAAAAAUGGAUCCUUUACAAAAUGGGAAUAAUUGUGAGGAGGACUCGCAGUGUGCUGAGGAGGAGGAGGAGGAGGAAGGAGAAGAAGUGGAUCCAAGAAUCCAGGGAGAGCUGGAGAAGUUAAACCAGUCUACAGAUGACAUCAACCGCUGGGAGAGCGAGCUGGAGGACUGCCGUCAGCGGUUUCGCGCCGUGCUGGUGGAAGCAACGGUGAAGCUGGACGAGCAGGUGAAGAGGAUCGGACGAGCCGUGGAUGACUCCAAACCGUACUGGGAAGCCCGCAAAGUGGCAAGACAGGCCCAGAUUGAAGCCCAAAAGGCCACUCAGGAGUUCCAGCGGGCGGUGGAGAUCUUGCGGGCAGCCAAGGAAACCAUCGCCCUGGCCGAGGAGAGGCUGCUGGAGGAGGACAGCCGCCAGUUUGACUCCGCCUGGCAGGAAAUGCUCAAUCACGCCACAAAGCGGGUGAUGGAGGCCGAACAGGAGAGAACGCGCAGUGAAGCUGAACACAGGAAAACAGCAACCAAUUAUAAUUCCUGUAUCAGCCACAUGAGGCAGUUAGAGAAGAAACUCAAACGCUCCAUCAACAAAUCCAGGCCGUAUUUUGAACUGAAAGCCAAGUAUUAUCUACACCUUGAGCAACUCAAGCGUCAUGUGGAUGAGCGCCAGGCCAAAGUUGUGGUUGCUAAGGCCGACUACCGCGCAGCACUACGCAACCUUGAGAGCAUCUCUGAAGAGAUCCACGCCCAGCGACGCUCCCUCGCCAUGGGAACCAGGGAACAGGGUGUCGGCGCGGAGGGAGAUGGGGGCAACGAGGACAUCGCCAACUUCAAGAUGGAGUCAGACGGUCUGUCAAUGGUGUCCGUAUCAAUUGACGAAGAGGGCAGUCACAGUAGCAGCUCAGAGGAGGAGGCCGACACUCACUCGCCCUCCUCACCCCGAGCCAUGCCCUCCUCACCUUCCACACCUUCCUCACCAUCCUCCCAACCUUCCACCUCUGCCUCCACCUCCCUGGACAUGCCCUGCUCCUACCUCACCUCCUCUCCCUCCUCCUCCUGUCCCGGUGAGCUGGAGUUAGCGAGCCCUUGUAGCUCUCAUGACCCAGACUCAGCGUGUGGUUCUGGGCAUGGCUCACCUCUCCUGGGCCCUCGCAGCCAAUGCAGUGGAGCUUCUUCUCCAGACUGCGACCAGGAGAGAGGUGACAGAGCAGAGGGAGCGGAGGCGACACUAGAAGCCGGUUUGAAAAAGCUAACCUUGACUGUAGCACAAAAACAAGAAGGGGACUCCGGGGUUGAGCAAGACCCCCAUUUCAUUAACCCUGAAAUGUCCUCUCCCAGCUCAGCCACUACCGUCCUGUUACUCAACAGUGUCUGAUAAACGUUUGUCACACUUAAAAACUCUCAAUGUGCCAACUGGACUUUAAGGCAGAAGACGUGGAGCGCGGGCAGGAUGAAAUACUCCUAAUCUGAGCAAUGAGAGAGCGACCUGCACACUCCAACCAACCGGACAUUAUGUCUCCAUAUUGUCUACACAUCCAGUGGUGUCACAUUAAAGGUGCUAUACGUAGUGUAUUUGAACAUCAGUGCAUCAUUGUCAAAUCAAUUGUGAACCUGUAUUGUAAACAAAUGAGGGACUGAGGAUUGGUGUCUAUUGGUAUUAUUAGAGCUAGUAUUAUUCAAAAGACUGCAUUUCUCAUAAACUUCAUUGCUUCCUGUUGCAAAGAGGAUGUUGCUUGUUGCCAUUGAACUGAUUUCACGAGCUCCGUUUCUGCUAAAAGAAAUUUUCGAAAUUUGUGUUGUACAGGAGUAUGGGAAAUUUUCUUUCCUUUGACAUACUGUAGAGGCUGUCAGUCAUCUCAAUAAUGGUGUAACCUGUCUAUAGCUUUAUAAUAACUUGUCAACGUUAAUGUGGUAAACAUUUAUUGGUGUGAAUAUACUAGAGUUGGCACCACUAACAGAUGACAACAGCGAGCCUCUUUUUUGGGAUCUGAAUCUCCACAUGAGGAUAAAAAUGGGACAAAACAAGCUGUCAGAUGUUGGACCACGUCUUGUUCUACCUUGAUUAUUGGCUCCUCCUGUAGCUCCUAAAUGUAAAGUGUAAAUGCAGGAUGUGGAGGAAUAGUUGUCAGGGAGGAACGUGGAGUGCAAGCAGUACUCUGAGCACUAAACAAAAGAAGAGACUGAACACAAAUGGUCUUCCAUUUGGAUUUGUGAAUGAAUGAGUGAAUGUAUUGAGUGCUGCAAAUGAUUUUUUGUGUGUGUCUGUUGUGUUUUUGAGAAAUGCUCAAAUACUACCCUGUAGUACAGAUAUUCUAUAUUUAUACUCCUGUAUUCUUGUAUAUGAACAGUGUUUUGUGGUUACUGUUGUUAAUGUUUAACACAAAAUAAGCAAUAAACGUGUUACACGGAAC